AUGUUGAGGUACCAGGCUAGAGCUUAUAUUUCUUCAAUAAGAUUAUUGUCGCAGACUUCGUUUGUGAAAUUUAGGGCAAAUGCACAAGUUUUGGGCAAGUUUAAGCUAGAACAAGAUGGUCAUGGUCAUGGUCAUGGUCUUCAAAAUGGUAGUCGGAACGGUGUUCAAGACGAUAUUGAGUCACCAACAAGUAUGGCCAAAGAUUCGAGUUUGCCAUUGGUUGAACAGAAAUACAAGGUGAAGCCGCGUCAGCCAAAGAAGAAGGCCCCCUUUUUAUCAGAAAUGGAAGAUGAUCCAAACUCCAAAUUAUCGUCUUGGCAAGAAAAGAUUGGACAAUGGGUUAUUUCUACGUUUUCCGUGGAUAUGGAUAAGUCAAGAAGUGGGCCUGUUGCUGGUGGUAUAUACUUUGCAGAAUGCAAGAGACAAGCUUUGGUAUAUCCCAAUGAACCAAUGAGCGAUACAGCAAAGUUUUACUAUCAAACUUUGGCGUUACCGAUUUCGUUUUCGCAACAAGUACAGAUUAUAAUAUUGCAUUAUUGGAUUUUGUCGGUGCGAAUGAGAGCACUACCUAGCAAGUAUGCCAAAGAAUAUCAAAAGAAACUAGUUGAUAGAAUAUUCAGUGACUUGGAAACUCGAAUGAAUACUGAAUUGGGAAUAAAAUCGGGAAGAAUAAUUGAAGGGUAUUUGAAAGAUUUCCAUACUCAAUUCUUAGGUUCGGUUUUGAGUUACGAUGAAGGGUUAAUGACUGAUGACAUAACUCUUGCAGCUGCAUUAUGGAGAAACGUGUUUAAUGCCAAAGAAGACGCAGAUAUAAGGCACGUUGAAGCGUUAUUGGUGUAUGUUAGAUCCCAACUAUACGUAUUGAGUAAAAUGACUGAUCGUGCUUUUGGAUUCGGCAAGUUUAAGUUUGUGCCUCCAGAUCAAAUAGUGACGCCAAUUACAAAACAUCAAGAAGCAAUGAUUAAACAGAAAACAAAAGAGGAGUUUUCUGAAAUGAAUUUACCUUCUCAGAGAUCAGUAUUGUCAAUGGAUGAAUAA